UUUUCCCCUGUCAACCCAGGUACCCCACUAUCAUUGACCCAGCGGUGCGUAGGCUACCAUCGACUCAUAUUCCACAUCAAAGUGGAUUGAUUAUUCGUUGCUAUCAUUGUUUCCCCGAUCUAAAAUCUUCUUGUACUCAAGAUGCCAACUCCAACUUUGCCAGGCAUGCCUCCCGAAAUCCUCACCCAAAUUGUUUCAAAUUUCGUGGUCAGGUGUGACCGGGGCGUUCUCAAGCCGCAUAUUACGUUUCUAUGCCGCCUAUCGUUGUUAUCCCGCCAAUUUUCGUUGAUUGUACGCCCGUUUAUCUUCAAUCAGAUUACUGUCUUCCUUGAACAUGGAGGAGACAGGACGAGAAGGAGUCUGUUAUGCGCACGCAGCAUUCUUGAAAAUCCAAUCCUCGUUGAACUAGUACAAUCUAAAGCCCUUGUUGACCUGAUCACCAGCAAUCAGAUCAAUGUAGGCAUCGCACAAUUCCCAAAUCUAAAGAGAUUGAUCUUGUUUGGUGACUUUUGUCUCGGAUGGUCAGAAGGCCUUGAAUUUGGUUCUUCAAACAAUUUGAAAACGAUUGAGAUAAAGGUUACAAUAUCAAUUCGGGAGAUGCACAGAGACUUAUGGUGGUUGGCGGUGUGAAGAGCAUGGUCAUUGAGCCUAUUCAUGGCUUCAAGAACGAUGAUAUAGAGACACACGGAGAAACAGCUCAGUUAUUGAAUCUCAAUAUCGGACGGAGAGAGAAUCAUGAGCUUGCUGCAGAUUUGCAUAAAUUUCUCAAAACAUGUACACAAAUCGAAACCCUUAAGGCGUUUCUACCUGGGGAUGAGGCAGUUGAUGAGGAAGGUGAGCCCACUGGAGAAAUGCUUUCCACCUUAUCGCCAAUAAACCUAUCCAGAACUUUGGCUAUCUGCAAAAACUCUUUAAAAAGGCUCGAGCUAUUGGACUGCGACUGCCGUUGGCCAUCACACGACCAGUCAAAAAUGGAUCUGAGCCUGUUGAAAGCACUCACAUAUCUGGAUUGUCCGGCAAAGUUGUUUUUCAUUCCCAAUGCACCAACCAAAACUAGAUCCGGUUUUUACCAACUGCUUCCUCCAAGCUUAGAAACAUUAGUUGUUAGUGAACCACAAAUUUUCGAAUUUGACAUCUGCUGACCGCAUUUCAGAUUCAUUUCACAAUCAGUUAUCGCUUAGCUGUACUUGGUGAUGACUCAGAGGACGGUUCAAUUUACGAGGAAACAGCUUGGCCUCUCCAGCUUGCUGAGAAGAAGAAAGAAUGUCUACCUCGGCUUAAGGGAGUUCGUUUGGAAACAAACGAAAUCGAAGGUGUUUUGGGAAAUGAUCCGCCGGGUCUUCUGUCAAAAGAACGGCUUCGGAUAGUACUGGAGGCCUAUGAUCGGGUGGGAAUAACCCUUUCUGGAUUGAUUGGCAUCCCAGAUAUUGUGGAAGAACUCGCGCGCGGAUGUCGGAAUCUGCAAGUAUCUUAUCAGGAAAUAUUGUAA